GUUUGACCCCAUCACCUAAACUCCAAUUUCUGGUUCAAUGUUGGGGUAGGAACUGAAGACAUGGUCUCACAUUUGCCAUAACCACAUGGUCUUUCAAGGACCGUCUGGCCAUAAGAAGUUGUGCAUGGGCUCUAUAGAAAACACUAUUAGGAGCCAUUGCACCGGGGGAAUUCACUGGGAGUCGCUAGGUCCAAUGUACUCAGAGCUCAAACAUAUUCAGAACACAAACCAUCCCCAUUCGGUUGGUUCUCCCCAAAUAGUCUCACCCGCUAUUAUACAAGCCUGGCCUGUUUUACUUGCUAGUUUAUUGCAAGGGUCGGUAAAUGAUGAAUGCUGAAAAAACUCCCAAGGAAUGAGAAGUGCCAGAUAAACUCACGGUACAGUGCACUGGCCUCCAGACAGCUUUCUGCCCUGGAACCUGCUGGAUAAGAGGCCUGAGCUCUGCACAUUCUCGGAUCCCUUCCAGAGCCUGGGACUCCAUGACUGGUAUUUGGAGUGAUAGCGUCCCUAACUCCAGUUCUCUCUGAUUUGCUGCGGUAGCUUCUAGGCUCAGAGAGACUGCAUCUUCCUAACAGACAUCAGGUGCAGUGUAAGCUGCAGAUACCUGCGCAGCUGGCUCAGCCUUUAAUCAUGGAAAGAAGGCUCCUAAAGAAGGAGGUGAAAAGGCUCCUACUUCAUCACAGUCCCCAUCCAAUGUGCUCUCUCCGCUGCUAAGAUAAUGAUCUUGGAACAAAUCCUUAAGAAACGCUGGAGUAAACUAUGUGAGAAUUCACAUGUUUACAGGGGAGAUUAUAUUGGCAUCAGACUUCGGGAAAAGGAAUUUGACCCAAAAGGAAGAAGGCAACUCACCUUUCUAGAUGAUAUGGCGCACUAUGACCUGGCCAUCAGUGUUGCCUUGCAAUGGCUGGAUUGCUCGGAAGACUUAACUUGGCUGGAGUGGGAAAAAGUGAAAAGGCCCUUUCGUGGCAGACCCAUAUACCCAAACCAUAGAGAAAGAGAAGCAAUGAUCUUAUCAUCUUAUGCUGGAAUCUUAAUGAACAGCAUCCCAAUCGAAGAAGUCUUUAAAAUUUACGGGGCGGAUUCUUCUGCCAAUGCUGGUGCUACCAAGGUUCCCCGAGCUCCACCUUCCCGCCUCUCCUUGCACCCUUUUGCCAUGUUAACAGCACCCAGAGCAGCAGAAUAUGCCCGCAAACAGAGUGUCAAGCUAAGAAGGGGAGCAACGAAUAAAAAUGCCACCAGCAGCUCUAGGAGGGAAGCAAAUGCCACGGAACAGAAAUCAUCAAAAAAGUUACCUUUGGACACACAGCCAAAGAGCAAAGUCACUUAGAAACUUGGACUUGCACCCUGGGACUUCACAAUAAAGUCUCUGGGAGAGGAAAAGAAACAUCAUCUCAAAACUGCAGCUCUUGCCAGCAUAUUUUUCUUUACAGUUAGCUUUGAUGCUAACUGCAUUGCAGUGUUAUUUUUGGAUGUUGAACAUUCUUUUCGUAGAGUCAUAUUAUACGGCUACAUUUGGGUUUUUAAAAUGUGUGUAUUUUAUGCUACUUCAUUGUGAGUGGAAGACUGUUAGUUGGAGAAUUCCAAGAAUAUAUAGUAUUUCUAUGUCAGAGCAGGCUGGCUUUUAGCACAUUUUACAAAUGUGUAGCAUUGGAUAGUGCAGAAUGGUGGAGUAAGAGGCAGUUUUCCAAACUUUCAAUCCAAAAUAAAAUUAAUCUAUCAUUUGCCUUUACUAUGUUGUCACAUGGAAACAUGUGCAAUCCUUUCAAUAAAGCAUUAUAAGAAAAUGGGUGUAGGCUUUCGUUUAAUAAAAUAUCAUGAUUAGAAACAUUGAUGAUGAGAGAGAACCAUUGAUCGGCUGCCUCCUGCAUGCCCCACACUGGGGAUGGAGCCCACAGCCUGGGUAUGUGAC